AUGCGCAGUGGCCCAAUGACAGCUGCCCAAAGACAACAAAGGAAGAGAGAGAUGUCUGCUGAAGCUGUUCCAGCAUACAUGCGUGCUAAUAUGAUUGUUAGCCCGUCAAAAGCAAUGUCUCUGAACGACACUCUUGAUGACACUGAUGAUAUUCUUGAAGACGGGUACAUGAAGCCUUGUAAGCAUAUGCAUUUGCUCCAUAUCCAUAUGUCAGGCUUUGCUUUCUUGUCUGUGGCUCCUGCAAAUAAUGUGCUGCCAAUCACAAUUUCUGGUGAGCAGUUUGUUAAUGACAACACUAUGUCAAUUGAUGGCACAAGGGAGAGCACUGGGCGUGGGUAUGCCAUAGAGGCAUUUGAGUAUGCAAAGAAUUGUUCAUUAACAACUAGACAUAAUGAGCAAAACUUGUAUCAACUGAUGCAGUAUGCUACAGAAGAGGAAGCAGAGGUUAUCAGGGCAGCAUAUGUUGCUCCCAUAAAGGCUUUUCAAGAAAUCAAAGCUAAAUAUGAAGCUCAUUUUAGAACUUUAAAUACACAACAUCAUUAA